GGGAUCCCCGACCACGGUAGGAAUCCCACAAAGAGGACCCUGACAGGAGUCCAAGUCCAAUUGCACGGAGUUGUGGCUCUUACCACUUUUUUCAUUCUCGCAGAAUUCCAUCUUUUCAAUCCGGCCCUGGAGCGCGCUGCGAUUGUGAUGUUCAUGCCACCUCUUGUCGUUGCCAUGUGCUCUUAAUAAAAGUCACGUAGCGAUCAUGUGGGCACAGACUCGCAAGGCCGUGGCAGACAGUUUCGGAGGAGAGCUGCCGCAGCAGCAGCAGCAGCCCGUGGUACCAACCACUACCCCGCCGCAAGCUGCUGCUGCUGCUGGUACUGCUUCUACUACUGCAGCUCCGACUACAAGCGCCCCAAGCUUCGCUGCGCCGUCCGGACCCAAUCCUUCCGCCUCUGGUUCCGAGGCCACAUUUCUGCUUGACGACGACCUACCUAUUCCAGGCGGCCGAGACUCGUUCAUUGCCUCCAUCGUCGACGACCCGUUUUUCCUCCGCUACAGCGCCCUCGAAACCGACCCGGAACCUAACGCCCACGCGAUUGGCGAUUCGGGCGCGCCAAGCGCUAACCCGACGACGAGUGCUGGUCACCGCAAUGAGGAACGGCAACAGCCCUGGAUCCCGCCUCGAAAAGACUCUCUGAGCGAUACCAAUCCGACUCCCUGGUUCGAGCCCAGACAGGUCAUGGAAACCAUCAACAUCGCCGUCAUUGGUGCCGAAGGCGUGGGCAAGUCCACCUUCAUACAGCAACUGCGGCGCGCACCGAGACCGUCGAGCGUACACGUCACCACAUCGCGCUACGAUGUCGACGGCACCACCUAUCUCGUCACCCUGGUCGAGCUCGAUCUCGAGAGCAUCAUCGAAUUGGACCCGAACCAGCCCGUGCACUGGCCCAAACAGAUCGGAGGACACAUGUUGCCGCGCAUCGACGGCGCCCUGAUCCUGUACGAUGUUGCGAACCAAGGAAGCAUGCGCGAAGUGGCCCCGAUCAUGACCGCCCUGGCGAACUCCUCGAUGCCCACAGUUCUGGUCGCUACGAAAUGCGACACGCCCGACGACCAGCGGCGCCCGGAUUUGGCGGGGCUCGCAUCAAGCUUUCCCACAUGCCACGGCCACUUCAAGACGGCGUGCAAUGCCCCUGGAAGCGCUCGGGAGUGCCUGCAGGCCAUGCUAAGGGCUGCUCUGGCCAGCCGGAGAGACAAGUCGGAUGGAUCCGUCUACCGGAGGCGGGCCGCGUCCACGAAUCUCGAUGCCCCUGUCGAUGUGCAUAACGGGCGCCCCAUCAGUCAGCACAGUAAGCACAGCAGGGCCAGUUCCGACUUCUCGCUUCUGCGUGGCUUCUCCAAUCCACCCCACGACGGCCAAUAUAAAGGACAGCCAUCCCGGUCGCGGUCGGAUUACCCAACCUCCGCUCCGAGUAGCAACCUAAGCAGUGCCAGCACCGCCGUCCCGGAAGACGGGAAACAGACAGUGUCGAGCAUGCUGCGCACACCCGGCAUUCGGCUCGACAGCGGAAGCGAGUCGUUCCUGGAUGUCGAAGAAUCCGACGGAGAAUCGUACCAGUACUCGGAGGAUAUACCGAUCCUGCAGCGCAGCGACGACAGCUAUGGAAAUGGGAACCGGCCGGCCAAGGAGCUGGGCGUGAGCUUUGACGAGCUUGUCGACAGGCUGAUCGCCGAGAAGAUGUCGAAGGCUGACCACAACUUUGCCGACAUCUUCCUCUGCCUCUACCGGAAGUUUGCCGCCCCUUCUCAGCUCCUGGCGGCAAUCCGCGCACGGCUGGACCGGCUGAGGGACGACCGGCACGACCGGACAGCCCAUUAUCUUUUGAGGAUGGAGGCGCAGUUCCGGAUCAUUGAAGUCGUGGCGAAGUGGCUGUCGCUGUACCCCGGGGAUUUUGCCCGGCCGGCGACAAAGAAGAGCCUGGAGGAGAUGGUGAAGCAGCUGUCGGCGGAGCCCAUGUUCUUCGCUGCGACGCACCAGAUGCGGGUACAUCUAGAGCGGAGGAUCAUCGAGGACGACGACACGGGCUGGGCAAAUUCAGAUCCGGUUGAGGGGGCCGAGGAGAAGGACGUCACGGGUCGGAGGCGGAGCGACGUGGCGGAGUCGAUGAACUCGUUGCAGCUGGAAGGGUCGAGUGGCGGCCCCAGCCAGCGACGCGCAUCGCAGAGUUCGGACCUGUCUGGCUUGGAGGCGUCGCAGAGCGGGAGCGGCCGGGCGCCGGUGCGGUUCCAGUUCCACACGGUCGAAGACUACGAGCGCGAGGCGGCCACGCUCGUACCCUCGCCGUCCCUCCCGCUCAACAAGUUCAGGUACCACAUGUUCAUGGAGAUCGACAUCGAGGACAUGGUGGAGGAGAUGACGCGGAUCGACUGGGUCAUGUUCAGCUCGAUCCGCAUCCGCGACAUCGUGCGGCACGUCAGCCUGUCGCACGACCAGAAGAAGGAGUGCCGCGGGCUGAAGAACGUCAACCGCAUGGUCUCGCACUUCAACCACGUGGCCGCGUGGGUUGCCAACAUGAUCCUGAUCCGCGACAAGGCCAAGCACCGCGCGCCCUGCCUCGAGAAGUUCAUGCAGAUCGCGCAAAAGCUGCGCCAGCUGAACAACUACAACGGCCUGGCGGCGGUGCUGGCGGGCAUCAACGGCACCGCGAUCCACCGGCUGGCGCAGACGCGCGGGCUGGUGGCGCCCGACGUGCAGAAGCGCUUCGCGGGGCUGGUGCUGCUGAUGGGCACGCAGAAGAGCCACUUCGCGUACCGGCUGGCGUGGGAGAACUCGCCGCUGCCGCGCAUCCCCUUCAUGCCGCUGCACAGGCGGGACCUGGUCUCGGCCGAGGAGGGGAGCCGCACGUUUGUCGGGCCCAACAACGACCGCAUCAACUGGAAGAAGUUCGAGGUCCUGGGGGAGGUGCUGCUGCCCAUCAUGAAGAGCCAGGGCCAGCCGUACCAGAACCUGCACCGCCACGAGCAGAGCCGGCAGCUGAUUCUCGACUGUCGGAUGCCGACGGACGAGGAGGACAUCUACCAGCGCAGUGUGCAGGUCGAGCCUGGCGCUGGCGGGGCAGCAGAGCCGAGCAAGAAGAAGUUUGCCUGGUUGACCAACAAGUAGGGCGGUGGUCAAGCAGGGAGAACGGGGAAUCUUGCGGCGUUCAUUUCAGGCCUGGGUGCCCGGCGGGUGGUUACCCCGAUGCGGUGAGCUUUUGUUGUGCGGGCUGGACCGGGUUUCGGGG